AACGGUUUCAAACAAGCUUCUCCUUUUUCUCAGUUGUUUUUCAGUCUUGUCAAGAGUCUUGUGCAGUCCACGGUCAUAGAAUGCAGUCUUGUGUUAGUUCUUGAAUAUUUUGUUGAAGCCUGCUCUGAUGCCUCAUGAUGCAGUCUACCUCAAUCUGUAUAAUUUUGACCUUCCACAACAUGAAGAUUCUCCCUACAUAAUUACUAGUCCAAGAUCACUUAAGGCUUGUCAUAAACUUGGGAUUAAGCCUUGUGAGCUGUUGUACAAGUCACUGGAUGAAUAUGAACAGGAGCUGCCUCACCUUCCACUUAGGGAUGUUGUCUACCAGUAUGAGAGGCAUGAGCGAGCCAGACAAGAGAAGCUGUCGGUGUGUCGGAAGCUGCGUCUGAAGCAGGUGUGCCGCUCCCUGCGCCGGCCCGGUGGCCGCGGGCGGUGCGCAGCUCGCCGGUGCGCCGGCGGCGUCCGCCCGGACCUGCUCCCUCCGGCUGCGGCCGUCAUGUCGUCCUCCAGUCGCACGGCCAGCCCGCGCUCCGCCGCCCUCUCACGCACAAAGUCGGUCAGCUGGGGAGGUCUGGACCGGAGUGGCGAAUACUUUACGGACGUUCCUGGAGACGACGGGGAUCUGUCCUCGGAGGACGAAAUACGGGAGGACGUUUGGUCUAGCGAGGACGAGGACGAUGGUGGUGGUGCUCGGGAGGACGGUAGACAGACGCCGAGUCCCGGUCGAGGGGAGGACAGUGUUGUGGAGGACGAGGACCGACAUGCUCAGGGACGAGGACAGACGGUCUGAGGACGAGCAUGCCGCCGACGAAUGGGUCCGUGGGGAAGGGGAUAGGGAUGGUGGCCUUCCUGAAGAAGGAGCGUAUUCUCACAGACGGGAUGCGGUCGGAGAAAGUAAUCCGAGCUCAGAUGAGGACAGAGCAGAGGGCGGGGAGGAAUCCGAGGACGAGGUGGGUCGCGAGGACUACGAGUCGUCCCACUACCGGGAGGAGUCACCCCUCGCGCCGAGGGGGGUCGGAGGGCGUAGUGACUCUGACAGUGACUCCGGCGCCGCUGCUGAGGAAGGGGACGGUGAACCGGACUGGUAUCGGAUGGAAGACUCGCGCGCGGCCGACAUCAGACUGGAGCUGCGCUCCUCGCCCGGCCUGUCAGCUCCGUCCGGGGGCCGCCAGCGCCGCUCCAGGCCAGUCUCCGUCACGUUCUCUGGACGGCCGCCAGAGGCAGCACCGUCGGCGCGCAAAGCCGCACCUCGAUCUCGUGCCACGUCGGCCUCAUCACGGUCCAAAGCCUCUAGGUGCUCUACGCCGCAUUUAAAGGCGGAGGGGCGGCGGCACGACACUGCGACGAUGUCUGGCGCCGAGAACAGCGACUCUGAGCUGCGUGUCCGUCCAUCCGACCGGCGCAUCCUGGAGCUCAUGUCCCGUCGCCAGGAGCAGGAGCGGCUCCAGGAGCGGCACGCUGUCGAGGAGCACCAGCGCUGGCGGCAGGAGUGUCUGCAGGAGCUGCGCCGCCAGUCGGAGCGCCAAGAGCGCCGCGAGGAGGCGGUUCUGGCGCGCCGCCGGGCGGAGGCCUGGGAGAGUCGCCGGCGACGGGAGGAGCUCCAGCAGCAGCACUCCCAGAGCCUGGAAAACCUGACGGCGCUGAUACGGGGACGGGAGGAGCGCGCUGCGCUGGAGCUGGCCGCACAGCGAGGGAGGAAGGACGAGCAGCUGGCGGAGCGCCGGCGCCGGGAGCAGCAGCAGCAGCUGCUGACGGCUCAGCAGCGGGAGCAGCUGGAGUCGGAGGAGCGGGAGCGGCGCCGGGAGCAGCAGCGGCGGCUGCAGCGGCGCAUGGACGAGACCGAGCGGCGCAGGAACGACAUCGAGACGGCCCGCACUCAGCACGUAUCUUCUUUGAACGCCAGCUGGCUGGCACUCAGUGAGGAGCGGAUCCAGCGGCUGGGCGAUGCGGCCGAGAGGCGCAGUCAGAAGGUCUGGGAGGAGCUCAGCCGGCGGAUUCAGUCGGCCGCCGAGAACCAGCGCCGCCUGGAGCGCGGCAGACGCGCGCACGCCGCCGUCAAAAGCGCGACGGAGAGCGAGCGUCGCCGGCAGGCGCGGGAGGCGCGGCAGCGGCAGCUGCAGCUGUCGGCUGGCCGGGGGAGGGAGGCAGCUGCCCGGCUGCAGCGGGACCAGCAGCGGGCCGAGCGGGUCGCCCGCCAGCUGGCGGAGAGUCGCCGGCUGGCUGUCAGUCGGGAGAACCUGACCAGACAGAGCAGACACCAGCAGGCACUGCGACAUAUCCGUCAGAUGGAGGAGCAGGUGCUGGACGAGGCGCGCUUCAAGCUGCGCCUGGACGAGGCCCGCGUGGAGCAGUUUGUACAGCAGCGCGACAUGGCCGUCAUGUCGUCUCGGCACCUGGCCCACGUGGCCGCCAACCUGCGACAGGCUGUCAGGUCAGGUGACCGGUCGGCCACAUUUGACCGGAUGGCGGCGCGGGCCGACCUGGAGAGCCGUGUGCUGUACGGACCUGCCCACGCCGGCUGCGACAGGCUCUACAGACCCCGCUCACAGACCCAUAUCCUGUAAUCCGUAACCCUGGGUAAGUGGGGUGGCUCCAAUAAAUAAUUGAUUUGGGUAUGUGGCAAUAGCUGGAAGCCGUCGCAGCAGUCUAUUACAUUUAGCAGGUCGCAUUUAGCAAGUUAGCAAGUCUUUAGUCGCAUUUCGUGGAUUGGUGCUGUUUGCAUUUUAUUCAUUCCAGCCUAUCAGAAGAAUCAGCUCCGCGGAUGGUCGACCAUAUUAUUUGAUGUGUGUGUCUGCCUUAUGGGCUGGAUGCUUCUGUAAGGAAUCUUCCAGGAUAUGAAGACCGGAUGAUGGAUAUUGUAAUUAGUCAAACGUACGAUUGUUUUUUUUCUGUAUGUGAUAUCAACUUGAUCUGUCGCGAUAUUGGAGAGCUUGCUAUAUUUUGUUGUCCUCACACCGACGGCUCUUGCCGGCGGUGGAAUGUUUUGUGUACGUUUUAGGUCGCUUUGUCCCUUUGUCGUUUGGCACUAAGGUGCUAUAAUUAUUGGUCAUUUUUAUUUAAGCAUUCAGCACUGAACAGCUGAUGUAUGUGAUGUCCUGUGCAACAGCUCAUUUCCAUUCUAAAUGUUUAUGUGUAGAGCAUCGAAUCGAUCAGUGUGUUCGCACCGGACACCUUUUUGACGGACGAAGGACUCGUGUGCAAUAUGUGAAAAACGCAUUAACCAGCGUUGGGUGUUAGUCACUGUUUUUGGGCGCCGUGUUAUGUGCCCGGUGACUGCCGUCCGGUGCAGAAGAACGCGUACAAACUGAGGAACCAUAUCACUGCCACCCGCAACGUACGGGCUUCGUCUGCUCGUCACCUUUGGGCGACUCUUUAGUGCAAUGAUGGCGCUUCCUCACAUUGUGGAGGCAUUUCCACCGCUGAAUGUCUGUCGUUAGAUGAUUGUGUUGUGAUGUGGUCCGUCAUUGAAAGAAAUACAGCUUUUGUAGAAA